CCAGAGAUAACGCCAUCUUCCUUGAGUCCUUCUGCGUUGUGACCCUUGUUAAUCGCGCGGAAGUCUAAUUUUCUUUCUGAAAUAGCAGAACGUUUACGUUAAAUGUGUUACAUAAGUUCCGGCGACGAGUGAGAGUCCUGAAAACGCUACCAAUAUUCAGCUUCAUCAAAUGGAGAAGCCAGGAUUUGACCUGUCCAUACCACCAGCAUCCCCUGUAAAAAAGAGCUCCGUUCAUGUUGAGAUUGAUGCUGCAGUUGAGUCCGAGUGCAGACAUAAGGCACUUGGUUUGGGGCAAUCAGAGAAACUUGUAGUAUCAGAAACACCUGCUCUGGACAUCUAUGCAGAAAGUGCACCUCCUUCUGUGCAGCCUGGCAUUGAAAAGCUGGAUUCAGUUUUGGGCAGUGCGGCAGUACCCAAAACCAAGAUGCCAGAAGUAUUGGAGGAAGAGAAAAAAGAAUCAUAUGACUUGAACCAGGAAGUUGAACCUUUGCAGGAACUUUCUUCACAGUGUUCCAAGGAGCCACAGAAUAAGGCUGUGCCUGGGGCAACUCAGGACAUUGCUGAAGUGCCAGCUUUGCCUGGUGAAGCAGUUCAGUCAAUUGUUGCUGAAGUACCCCCUCCACCUGGUGAAACGGUUCGAGACAGUGCUGUUGAACAACCAGCUCGUGCUCCUGGAGCAGUCGCACAAGAUUUUUCUGAACAAGCUUCUUUGUCUGCCAGAGUAGCUUCUCAGGAUGUCAUUGAGCAAGCUGAGCCACUUAAUGAAGCUGAGCCACUUAAUGAAGCUGAGCCACUUAAUGAAGCUGAAGGUGCAGAACAGUCACCUCCAUUUGCUCAAGCAGCGCCACAAAAUGUUGCGGAGCAAGAUACUGCACCUGCUGAAGUGGCCAAGUCUAGUGAUACAGCUGCACAGAAUGGAUCAGUAGCUACUCCGGAGCUGAGGCGAUCAUCUCGUCCUCGCAAACCCUCAGUGCGUAUGAGAUCUCCUGGUGGUGAGAGUAUAGAGCACUCCUCAGAAUCUGCAGUUCAAAAACGUAAAUCAGCCUUGCAUAAAAUACCAGACAACUUGCAAGCUGUAGUUCCUGCUAGAGCUGAACCUAUUAUACCAACCAAGUCCCUCCCUUCCAAGAUGGAACGCAUGAAAUUUAGCAACAGCAGUAGCUCACUUCAUUUGAAAGCAAAUCAAAAGACUUCAAAUAAGAAAAAGACCUGUAUCACUCAUUAUCGACAGCAGGUUGCUUCAUCACGAGACACACCUGACAGUCGUCCCAGCCAGUAUGCUUGUCAAAAGUGCAGUUUUCGUACCAACCGCAUGGACAACCUUGUGCGACACAACAAGCAAGAUUGUGCGUAUGUGAAAGACUUUUUCAGCUGGGAUGCAAACACUUUUACAGAAGCCACUCAAAUGCCCAAGAAGCGGUCUUUAUCUCCAGAAAUAGCAUGUUUAAGUGAUGGAACUGAAAAAGCAAGCAAGUCUUCAUCUAAGCGUAAAAGGUCUAUGACAAAAGUUGAACGAAGCUCCAGAGCCCCAGAAAAGAAGAAAGCAACAUCGCCAGGAUACAAGCAAAUAAUUGAGAUGCACGAGGAAAGCUCUGAAGAUGAUGAUGAUGCAUCUGCAUCUGAUGGUACAACACAGGAAAAAUUCCAGAAUGAAGGCCGUGUGGGACACAACAGCGGUGCCUUAGUGAAAGCAGCACAAAAGGCUGAAGAAUUUCUGCGGAAACGAUGCCUUGGCAGCAGUGUUAAUGCGAAGAGAUUUUUCUGGGAUGAAGAUGGAGAUGCUUGUACUACGGACAGCGAUGAUUUUGACUUGGACCCUUUUUGCCCAGAUGCCGAUGAUGAUGAUGCGUUGGAUUCAGUUGUUUCACGCAUCAAGGAGAAGCGAAAACAACGCAAUGAGAAGCUUGUCCAGUGCAUUAAAGAAGGAAAAGUAAAUGACCAUUUGCUGGGUGUGCUGAAUGGCACGGUGCCAAGUGAACGCAACAAGCUGUUCUAUAGCGACAGUCAAAGUGAACACUUGCAGCUCAAGGAUUGGCCAUGGUUUGGGCCUAUUGAGGAUAUAUCACAGCAAGAAGAGAUUUAUGAGUUCUGCUUUGAGCUCUUGAAGGCCAAUUCAGACUUGAGCCCGACUUUUGACAUUGCAUCUUAUGUGAUUCAAGUGUGGUGCCCAGAGGCAGUAAUGAAGGCUCUGAGUGUCACUCGUGGCAUUAACAUGGACAAAGCCGAAGAAGUCUUGCUGCGAGCUGCGAUUCAUACCAGGGCUGAAUCUGAAGCAAACAGAAAAGAUUUCUGCUCCACUUCUUUAGAUCCUGAAGCAGAGCGAGAACGUUCUGAGCGCGCGCAUACUGAGCUUCGUGACAGUGGCAUUGCAGAUGACAUUAUUGCUGCGCUCCUGUAAACUCUCAAAGGCUGCACAGUUGUCAGCUGUUCUCUUCUUGUUCAGAACAUAUGUGCUUAAGUGACACUGACACAAAAGUUUUGUACGUUUUUUUUUUAUGUAGCUGCCAUGGAUUCUAUGAAUGUGCUGCAAAAACUGAAUUAUAUUCUCUUUACGUAGAAAUCUGUUGAAGACAUAUCUAAAGCAGUUUGGCUUUAUGAAAGAGUGUGCAUUUUUGACUUCUCUCGCUCUCUCCACCCCCUCUUUUUUUCCCCUGUCUCAAAAAGUGCCAGCAGUGCUUGCAUCGUAUUGACAACCACUGGCAAACAGAUCGAGUAGCCUCGUGGAUCAAGUAUAGCUAGCCUUUUCACUGAAAGCUUGGCAUGCAACAGGACAUCCAUUUCUCUUUUGUUCUGCAUUGGUUAUUUGUAGAUUAUUAUGGAACAAGUAGCACCCUUAACAUUUGCUCUUUCCUAUUGCCUCAUUAAACCCUUCAUUUAUAUUAUUACCGUGCUUUCGCCUACAGUACUGAUAAAACUUUGGCUAUAUCGUGGGACCAGAGCUCCAGAUCAGGGCAACUUGGCUGCUUUGUCACGUACUCCAUUUGAAUUAUGUUUUUAAUAAACAACAUUGAGACAGUGCUAUUAUUAUUAAUUUGUUAUGUGUAAAGAACUAAGGGUUCAUAAUGUCAUUAUGGAAUUAAUUUGCCACACUCUAAUUAAGCAAGGAAGAAACGAACAAAUAUUUUGUGUCAGUAUUGUUUUGUUAUGAAGCUGUUAGUCUCUGUAUUCACAUCUUUCGGGGCGCUUUCCAAAAGGUUGCAUGGUGUUGCUUUAGAAGCAUUUUGGAUUGAUUGCUUUGUUUCUUAUCAUCAUAAUCAUAUUGUUUGUGUAAAAUAUGGUCUUUCCACUGUGUUUCACUGUUUGUUUUUGUGGGUCAAGUGGGCACAAUAUAUAUUUUUUAUAUUGGUUUCAAGUUUGGAAAAUUGUAGAAUGAGAUGCUUAUUUGUGCAGUGUAUAAUUUCUUGAGCAUUAUUACUGCUAAUGCAUGUAAUGAAUUUGUCAAUUAGUUCCUGUGCUCGUUUGUUGGUAUGUUUCAUGCACUAUCAGCAUCAAAUGAAACCCGAGCAGCGGCAAGCCUUGUUGACAGUGUAGUGCACACCAUCCAGUUACCAACGUUGACAAGUGCGCGUGUACUGUUUGGCAGCUCUGCGCAUAUCAUCGUGCCUGUCCGUGGUGAUAGCUGGACGGCACGCACUAUACCAUCGAAAAGGGUUGCAGCUGUUCAUUUUUCUUAUGAUGCUGAUAGUACCUUGAAUAUUUUUGUUUACAUAUUUCAUUGAAGAAAGAGAGCUAUUGCUUUGAAAGUUGUGUAGCAUCUUUCAAAUUAUUUUGUCAUUGCUUGUUUCUAAAUAAAAGUUCAAAGUAUUUAUUUUCUGCCUAGCGUUAAGAUAGUCAGAUGAAUUUCAUUAUGUCUCCUGCUUCAGGUACAGUGGACUCUCAGUAAACAAAAAUCUGAUAAACGGAGCUGCUGCUUAAAUGAAACAACUGUCUAUAAACGGAGCUGCUGCUUAAAUGGAACAACUGUCUCUGAUAUUAGUUUCAUCCCUGCAUACUGCACCCCUGUUCACCUCUCUGUAAAUGAAACUCCUUUUAAACGAAACACAUUUUCCCGGUCCCUUCAGGGUUCGUUUAAUGAGAGUCCACUGUACAAUAUUGAAUCCUAGCAUGCAGUUGCAGCAACCGGGAAAGUUUUCUUUUCCUGGUUGCUGCAACAGCAUGCUAGGAUCUACAACAAUUUUACAAGCUUUACACAGCACCAUUUCUGGUGGUACUGCUUCCAAUCAUCAUGCAUUUCUUGUCUUUCUGAAGGACUUCACAUCUGCUGGGUGAAAUUUACAUUGUUCACUUUUUUUUUAUCUAAAGCUUAGUUUUUUUUUUUUUUUAUUCCCUUCAGCUAUUGGUCACCAGUUAUGCCUGCCUUAGUUGACCUUAGAAAUGUUUAUCACUCCUUAACAGACGGCUGCUUAUUUUGACCUGGGGCCAAUUACUUCAAGCACUUAGCCUCCAAGCAAACUUGCUGGUGCAAUUCAAAAAUAUUUAGGCUAGUGGUUGCAGUUUUCCGCAUAGUAAGGUCUCUGGUGCUGGGCCAGUGCUGAUCUUGUAUGAAACUGGGUACACAUAUUUUUAAAUAAACAGUUUACUAUGAAGCUGCUGUUACUUUUUCAAAGCUUUUCAGUUGCGGGUAAUGAAACUUGCAGGUAUAAUCACUCAAAUGUACCCAACUGCUCUUCAACAUGUAAGUGUAUGUGGGUGUUCCAGCUGGGCAUGCCUGAAAUGGCUUAUAUUUUUUGUGAAUUAAUCAUAUUUUAUUCAUCUAUCUCAUCUAAAUUUGAUUCAUCCUAUAUGUGUAUGUGUGCGACCUAGCACUGCCAGCUAGGCAUGCAUCAGUAAUUAUGUACAAUUUAAAUUGUUUAUUUCAUCAGUGCAUGUUAUGGUAAGUUACAUUAUGCCACAUAUGGCAGGUGUAUUGUUGUCGUGUCACUUUUACCUGAAUUGGUUUCUACAGUUUGGUCUAAUGAAUGCAGUAGACAUCAUACUUUUUUCAUCUUGUUAAUGUGUUCUUUUCAUACUCCUAGAUUUGGGAUGUGUCUGGUAGCUGAGCAUAUCAUCAUCAUACUUUUUUUAUUACAACAACUAAUAAAAUGAAGAUUAAGUGGAAUAUAUUACUUUUUACUUACUUGGUUCACGAAUAAGCAGACUCUUUCUGUGUGGCAAAGUUCUGCUAUUAGCUACUGUUUCUUUUUUGUUUUCUUUUUCCUUUCGGUUAAAGCACAACACCCAAGAUCAUAUUAAAGAGCAGCAUUUGUUGCUGUCGUCUAGCAGUUAGAGCCAUAGCGGUCGCAUAUUGAUUGAGGCAAAAUGCUAGACACUCGUGUACUGGUGUGACGUGAUUGCUUGUUAAAGAACACCAGAUGGUCAAAGGUUCUGGAGCCCUCCAUUACAGCGUGCCUCAUAAUCAUAUUGUGGCUUUGGCAUGUGAAACCCCAUAUAUUAUCAUUAGUGAACAGCAGCAGAGAGCCAACUUUGCUGCAAUUCAUGCAGGAUUUUUGUUCAACAAAACAUACUGUGCUGUGUGAAAAUUGAACUAGGUAUGCAGUUGCAUCUUGUAAAGGGGUUUUUCAUUAAAAUUUUUCUCGUUUGUCA